AUUUCUUUGGUUCUCGCAAUUGGGACCCCUACUAAUUUACAAAAUACAACUACGGUCGUAGCAGAAAAACUAGCAACAAAUCUACUUCCCCAUCUCAUCGCGAUUUGCAGGUGAGCCACUGUUAUCUCGCGCUCUCAAUUGCUGGACCCGGUGUUCGUGCGCGCCGUAGCGAGCGACGUAGGGUUUUCUCACUGAGUUGCCAUCCAGAUCCGAGUCCCCAACCGUUUCUCUCACCCGAUUCCUUUCUUCGAGAUUUCACAAUGUUUUGGCGUAUGGCGGGUCUCUCCACAGCCUCUCCUGUGGAGACAAUUCUAGACAAGGAUAAUUUCACAUUAGAAGAACUUUUAGAUGAGGAUGAAAUAAUCCAAGAAUGUAAAGCUCUUAAUGGCCGUCUUAUCAACUUUUUACGGGAGAGAAGUCAAGUGGAACAACUUGUCAGAUAUAUAGUGGAAGAGGCUGCAGAUGAAACUGAGAAAAAACGAACAUUUAAGUUUCCUUUUAUUGCUUGCGAAAUUUUUACUUGUGAGGUUGAUAUAAUUCUCAAAGCUUUGGUUGAUGAUGAAGAGCUAAUGAACUUGCUAUUCUCAUUUUUGGAACCUGUGCGUCCUCACAGUGCUCUGCUGGCUGGUUACUUCAGCAAGGUUGUUAUAUGCCUGUUGCAGCGGAAGACAGUACCUUUGAUGAAUUACAUACGAACUCAUCAGGAGGUUAUCAGAAAGUUGGUUGAUCUCAUUGGAAUUACUUCUAUCAUGGAGGUUUUAAUUCGCUUAAUUAGCUCCGAUGAACACAUGUAUAGCAACUUUGUGGAUUCAAUGCAGUGGUUAGGAGAUACUGAUGUUCUGGAGAUGAUUGUGGAUAAGUUUAGCUCAGCAGACUGCCCUGAAGUGCAUGCUAAUGCUGCAGAAAUAUUGUGUGCUAUAACUCGAUAUGCGCCCCCUGGGUUAUCUACCAAGAUCUCCAGCCCUAGUUUCAUUGGAAGAUUAUUUUGCCAUGCAUUGGAGGGCUCACGGCCAAAAUCCGUUUUGGUCAAUUCAUUGUCUAUAUGCAUAUCCUUGUUGGACCCUAAAAGGCUAACAUCAGGAACAUAUUACUUCUUCAACCGUCAAUCUACUCAGGGAACUGGGGUAACUGCUAACCCCAAGACUAUUGAAGGCAUGCUGGAAAGCCUAGGUGAUCUAAUCAAACUUUUAGAUGUUUCAUCAGAGGACAGUGUCUUGCCAACUACAUAUGGCAAGCUACAGCCACCUCUUGGAAAGCAUCGUCUUAAGAUUGUGGAGUUCAUUUCAGUCUUAGUGAGUGUCAGUAGUGAAGCUGCUGAAAAGGAAUUGAUUCGGCUUGGGGCAGUUAAACGAAUUUUGGAUUUGUUCUUUGAGUAUCCAUACAAUAAUUUUUUGCAUCACAAUGUUGAGCACAUUGUAGUAUCUUGCCUAGAGAGCAAGAAUGCUCAGUUUGUGGAUCAUGUCCUCUGUGAAUGUAAUCUUGUUGGGAAAAUUCUUGAGGCAGAGAAGAACCUCACAGUGACCACUGAUUCAUCGAAGCCAACUGUCCCUGUCGAGGGGAAAUCACCACCCCGGAUAGGUAAUAUGGGGCACAUUACACGCAUAGCUAACAAGCUUAUCCAACUGGGGAACAAUAACAACAACAUACAGACUUAUCUGCAGGAAAAUAGUGAAUGGGUUGAUUGGCAUACAAAUGUCCUACAAAAACGGAAUGCUGUGGAAAAUGUUUUCCAGUGGGCAUGUGGGAGGCCUACAGCACUCCAAGACCGUAUGAGGGAUAGCGAUGAUGAUGAUUACCAAGAUAGGGACUAUGAUGUUGCAGCUUUAGCAAAUAAUUUAAGUCAGGCAUUUCGAUAUGGGAUCUAUAGCAAUGAUGACAUGGAUGAGGCCCAUGGUGCACUAGAACGCGAUGAUGAGGAUGUCUAUUUUGAUGAUGAAUCUGCUGAAGUUGUCAUAUCAUCACUUCGAUUAGGAGAUGACCAAGAUAGUGGAUCUCUUUUUACAAAUUCCAACUGGUUUGCCUUUGAGGAUGAUAGAAUGACCAAUGAUCGCCAACCUGGUUCAGUAGCUUCACCGUCACCAAAUACCAAUGGGACCAAUGUUAUCUGCCCCAGCAAUAAAGAUGAGCCAACUGCUGAUGGAGACAAUGAUUUGGCUGAUACUGCAACAUCUGGUCCAUCUGAACCAAAACAAUUCUCAGAGAUUAGUUUGAGUGAGGAAGAGCAAAAUCCUAGACACACCAAGGGUGGAGAGGCUCCUGAAUGGGUUGAUUGGAGAGAAAGUUCUGGGCCAACUGAUGUUACUGUAGAUACACCUGAGCCUUCAACUCUGCCAAAUGGUGAACUUCAAGUGGCUGAAGAUAAUGCCAACACCAAAACAACAGCUGAUGCUCCUGUGUCUGCAAAUAAUGACAAAAGUAAUGCUGAAGGAGGAUCAGCUGAUUUGGUGCAUCCUCCUCCUGCUGCUGCUGCUGCUGCUGCUGCUGCAACCCCAACUCCAGAAACAGCAGAAGGGAACCCCCCAAGGUCUGGAAGCUCUGAUGCUAUUCCUGUCUAAAUACUCUUACUACUAUUACCUGUUGGAAUGAAAGGAUGAUCCUCAGGAGCUGAAGAGGGAAACUGAUGUGCAGGAGUGCGUGCUAUAAACAACUCUCUGGUGCUAGUACUGUUGAUCUGGUGCAAUAACAAAGUGCGGACGGGGGGUUAUUGUUCUGAGUGCUGAUGAUUCUUUUCCCGGGGUGGUGGUAGAUAAACCGGUGUUCUAUCUUCUUUGAUCUUACAGUCACUAGUGCAGAUGACUUUUCACGCCUUGUUUUACUAUUCAUUUCAAGCGUCACUGCUGGAUUAGCAUUUAGCAGACUGCUGUACACGUUCAAAGAAUAUUGUCUAUAUCUCAUAGUUUUUCUUUCCUGCUCCAUUUCACUUCACAAAUGAAUGCCAUUCCUAUCUA